AUGUCGAGCACAGAGGGAUCGUCAAGCAAGUCUGUGCUUCCUUCGCAUUCAUGGCUGCACUUUGUUGCUGGGGGUAUUGGAGGGAUGUGCGGUGCGAUUGUAACGAGCCCGUUCGACGUUGUCAAGACCCGACUACAGUCGGACCUCUUUCGUGUAAACGCGACGGCAAGCGUUGGGGGCGGGGGUGUGCUCGUCGCCUCUGCACCGAAACCUGGGGGGCUGCUGUGGAACUUUGUAGAAACGGGGCAUAUACUGCGCGACAUAUACCGUAACGAAUCGCCCAAAGCGCUAUUCAAAGGACUGGGCCCAUCCCUGGUUGGGAUCAUCCCAGCACGGUCCAUCAACUUUUUCACAUACGGCAACGGCAAAGAGGUGAUUGCGCGAACGUUCAACGAGGGGCGGGAGAAUUCGUAUGUGCACCUGUGUGCGGCUGCACUGGCUGGGGUUGUGACUGGAACAGCGACGAAUCCGAUAUGGGUGGUGAAGACACGGCUGCAGCUUGUGCAAGGGAAAGGCGGGAGCUGGGAGAUGAUCCGGCAUAUUUUCCGGGACGAGGGUGUUCGGGGGUUCUACAAGGGACUGAGUGCGAGCUAUCUGGGCGUGACGGAGGGCACGAUCCAGUGGGUGCUCUAUGAGCGACUGAAGAAGAUGAGUGCGAACACACAGGGCAAGGGCGGCCUGCAAGAAUGGCUGGGUAUGCUCGGCAGUGCAGGAACCGCGAAAUGUGUCGCGAGUCUUAUCACUUAUCCUCACGAGGUCAUUCGAACACGGCUACGACAGCCAAAGGUCGGGGGACGGGUCAAGUACAGCGGACUGUUACAGACAUUAAAACUUGUUAUCAAGGAAGAAGGGGCAGCGUCGUUAUACGGAGGACUGAGUGCACAUCUGCUACGAGUAGUGCCCAAUGCAGUGGUUAUGUACUCGAUAUACGAGGGUAUCCUACGCUGGGGCCACCAUUACCACUAUUAA